CCUUCGCAUCACCACACGUUUGUCCAGGGGGGUGGGCGUUUACACUACACAGCUGCACGCACCACAUCACCACCUUCCAUUUCCCCAUCUAGGGUUGCGUGCUCCCCGCCACCGCUGGCCAUGUCCGACGCGGCCGCCGCCCAGGAGGCCGAUGCCGAUAUGCGCGACGUCGACGCCGCAGCACCCGCACCCAGUGAGGACGACGCGGGGGAGGAAGAAGAGGGCGAUAAGGAGGGGGAGGAGGAACUGGCGCUGGCUGAGGAGCCGCCGGUAUCACUGGUCCCGGCCUUGCCGGCGAACCCAAACCAGCUAACCCUGCUUUUUCAGGGAGAGGUUUACGUGUUCGAAUCCGUCACUCCCGACAAGGUUCAAGCUGUCCUGUUACUGUUGGGAACUGGUGAAAUUCCACCUGAUUUAGCUGGCAUGGUUUUACGUAGUCAACAUGAAAAUAGGGGUUAUGAUGAUUUACUUCAGAGGACAGACAUUCCUGCAAAAAGAGUUGCUUCACUCAUUAGGUUCCGCGAAAAACGCAAGGGGAGAAAUUUUGAUAAGAAAAUACGUUAUGCUGUACGCAAAGAAGUGGCCCUCAGGAUGCAGCGUCGUAAGGGGCAAUUUGCUGGAAGAGCAAAUCUGGAGGGGGAGUCCCCAUCUCCAGGCUGCGAUCCUGCCUCCCAAGGCUCGGGACAAGAUUUCCUUUCUCGAGAAUCAAAGUGUCAGAAUUGUGGCACUAGUGAAAAGAUGACACCGGCAAUGCGUCGUGGUCCAGCUGGUCCAAGGACUUUGUGCAAUGCUUGUGGACUGAUGUGGGCUAAUAAAGGUACUCUGAGAAGUUGCUUGAAGGCAAAAGGGGAAGCUCCUAUGGUUGCAAUUGAACAGAGCAACGCUGUUGUUUCUCAAUGUCAGAUUGGAAUCGACAUCAAAGCACUGACGUCACAAAACAAUGACAAUGUUGCUCCAGGCAAUGUCGAAGCCAUAGGCGACAGUACGCAUGCAAACGUGGCCGUGAUAGAAGGAGUGCCAAAGGCGCAGUCAGAAUAAGUUACAUUAACAUUACUAAAGUCAAGAGAUCCCGAAUUUAUUGCCUAUAGCUAGACAUCACCAUAGAAUCGCUAAUGAAGAAUAUAUAUUUACUGAUUCUCAUCAACUGUACAUCUCUUGCUUGCCAGCAUUAGACAUGUAGUUAACAUAAAACAUCUAAUUCGAUGCCUGUUGUGUAAAGCCUUAGACGGCAUUUGAGGUGUUGCAUUCACUGCCAUUUCGAGCAGUACAUCUGGAUAAUUGCAAUUAUUGUUGUACCAUGUAAUUGGAACCUUGAAGUUGCUUCUGCAGGGAGGUUUGUUUACUUGCCUAGAA